AUUGGAUGGUGCGUCUGUCAAUCACCCGGGAUAUAAAUAGGGAAGCCGGCGGCUCCUCCCUCAGGAAGACCAGGAAGGCCUCGCGUGGCCUGAGUGUAGCUGCGUGAGUCGUGCGGGGGAGAGUCUGUGGGUAAUGUUUGGCGGUUCCCUCGUAUUCACUUGAGUAGAAAUAAAAGGGCCCUCUUCUCUUUUUCUCUAUCUCGCCUGCUGGGUAGACGCGAUGGCGGAAGCCUCGGCGACGGGCGCCGGCGGAGAGGCGAUGGCGGCCAUGGCGGCUACGGAAGGCUCCUCCGGCUCGGCCGGCUUGCCUCUGGGCCGGAGCUUCUCGAACUACCAGCCCUUCGAGCCCCAGGCGUUGGGCCUCGGCCCGAGCUGGCGGCUGACGGGCUUCUCCGGCAUGAAGGGCUGAGGCUGCAAGGUCCCCCAGGAGACGCUGCUCAAACUCCUGGCGGGACUGACGCGGCCGGACGUGCGGCCCCCGCUGGGCCGGGGCCCGAUCGGAGGCCAGGAAGAGACGGCCCAGGAAGCCGGCCUGCCAGCCGGGUCAGGCCCUAGCCCCACCUUUCCAGCCCUGGGCAUUGGGAUGGACUCCUGCGUCAUCCCCCUGAGGCAUGGGGGCCUGUCACUGGUGCAGACCACGGACUUCUUUUACCCCUUGGUGGAAGAUCCCUACAUGAUGGGGCGCAUAGCUUGUGCCAACGUGCUGAGUGACCUCUACGCCAUGGGCAUUACUGAAUGUGACAACAUGUUAAUGUUACUGAGUGUCAGCCAGAGUAUGAGUGAUGAGGAACGCGAAAAAGUGACGCCUCUCAUGAUCAAAGGCUUUCGGGAUGCUGCGGAGGAGGGAGGGACAGCAGUGACUGGUGGGCAAACAGUAGUCAACCCUUGGAUUAUCAUCGGUGGCGUUGCCACGGUGGUAUGUCAGCCAAAUGAAUUCAUAAUGCCCGACAGUGCAGUUGUUGGGGAUGUGCUCGUGUUAACCAAACCCUUAGGAACCCAGGUUGCCGUCAAUGCCCACCAGUGGCUGGAUAAUCCUGAAAGAUGGAAUAAGGUAAAGAUGGUGGUCUCCAGAGAGGAGGUGGAGCUGGCCUAUCAGGAAGCUAUGUUCAAUAUGGCUACUCUAAACAGAACUGCUGCUGGAUUAAUGCACACAUUUAAUGCCCAUGCUGCUACAGAUAUCACAGGCUUUGGCAUCCUAGGACACUCUCAGAACCUUGCAAAACAACAAAGAAAUGAAGUGUCCUUUGUCAUUCAUAAUCUGCCAAUUAUUGCCAAGAUGGCUGCCAUCAGCAAGGCCAGUGGGCGGUUUGGGCUCCUUCAGGGAACCUCAGCUGAAACCUCUGGAGGACUACUGAUUUGUCUUCCAAGAGAACAGGCAGCUCGCUUUUGUUCUGAAAUCAAAUCUUCCAAGUAUGGAGAGGGUCACCAAGCAUGGAUCGUUGGCAUUGUGGAAAAGGGAAACCGGACGGCCCGAAUCAUCGAUAAGCCUCGAGUUAUUGAGGUUCUACCUCGAGGGGUCAUGGCUACUGCUCUUGCUACUGACAAUUCCAAUGCCUCCUCUGAACCUAGCUCCUGAGAUGAAAUAGCAGUUGUUUGGACUUUAGAGCCCUUGUACACAAUUGUGGACGAGUCCCAAGAGUUGGUUUUAAGAAAUUUCCAAAGAAGGCUUCCUGCAUAGUGGUUCCAGCUGCCCUUCAUAGAAGAUUUGAGUCAGUCUGUCAGAAGCUGCCUUUGUACAUUCCAAGGCCAGAGUAACAUUUUGAACUUUUGGGGGAACGUUUGUUCAUCUUUUGGGUAGAAGAGGAGCAGAAAAACCUGUUUCCUCUUUCCAAAGUAAGAUGAGGUUGUUUCAGGUUGAGGGAUUUUUCUUUGCACUGGGUUGAUUAAUUUCUGCACAAGGAGUGAGAUUAUUUAUUAAAGUUACACACACAAAGUCAAUUGCAAAAUGCAAAAAAUUUAGAUCAGAAGCAAAUGGGUUUAGACCAACACUGUUGAUGAAUCUAAAUUGAUGAGACGUCUUAUAAUGCAAUGUCCAAUUAUUUAGUAGAGUUUUCUGAAGUACUGGCUCUUUCCUGCUCUGGACAAGAAUUGAGCAGCUUGUCCAAUGACUGGGAAAGAAGGACCUGCAACCAUCUGACUUGGUCUCUGUUCAUGAUGUCUCUCCCUCUAAACCCUAUUAAGGACCAGGAGAGGCUGAGUAAGCCCCAGAGCCCAGGCCUUGGUGGUCAUUAAGAUGUUAAAUCUUGUGCUGAAAAUUCCUGGUGAUUUAAUCAAUAAAGAGUAAUUUCUAGGUAAAUAAAAGGGGCUUUGUUGAAAAAAAAA